CCGUGUAGUUGGUUAGCGGAACACCACUGAAAUAUAGAAGAAGAAAAAGACGACAACGAAGACAGCGAAGGUGGAGAGGAGGCGUUCGGCUCUCUGGGUUUGCCUCUCGGGAUCUGGGAAACUCUCAAUACUGCGAAGAUGACGAGGGGAAACCAGCGUGAACUGGCCCGUCAGAAGAAUGCCAAGAAGCAGACCGAUAUGACCAAGGGCAAGAGAAAUGAUGAUGGUUUGUCUGCUGCUGCAAGGAAACAAAGGGAUGCGGAGAUAAUGCAGGAAAAGCAGAAGAAAGCCAAUGAGAAGCAAGAUAGUAAAGCCAAAUAAGGAAUCCGGUGGCUCAGGAUUCCCUCAGCGUGAGACGCUACUCCACGUUUAUGAGGAUGGAUCUUUCUUUCUGAUUAGGUUCCAAAUCAUAGAUACACUUGCAUUCUUGUAAUCUCUAAUGUGGUGGACAGUGUGGCCACCUGCUCUGGAAUGCUUGUUUGCUGCCUUCUCAGAUUAUGCACAGGUUUUCCUCUGAGCAGCACUUCAUGUAUAAAGCAGACACAGGACCGUCCAAGUUUGGAUCUACAUAAAUCUUGUAUUUUUUUAUCCUGUAUUUUGUGCACCCCAGACUUGACACAUAAAUGUAGCUUUCUAGUUCCUGCCAAGUUGCAUUGUUCUUUAUCUAGAAUUAAACCUUAUUUCUGAUGCA